UCUGUCGUUUGCGUUGGAAACAGGUGAUUUUUUUCUUUUUAUUUUCUCUCUCUGCCAGGAAAGGAAAAGGAACAUCACAUUCAGUUUAUCUUCACGAAGCGCGGAAACAAGUUCAUCGGCUAUGAUGCGGGGCAAGGGGGACAUUCGUGGAACCCUCUUGAACAAGGCGAAGGACCUCUUCAGCUUAUGUGACCGCGAAGGGAAAGGCUAUGCCACCAAAGAAGACCUAGAAGCGCUUCGCGAAGAACUGCCCUUACAACCAAAUCAACUGGACUUGGUAUUCGACGCUUUAGAUGCCGAUGGAGACGGGAAGCUUACUUUGCAAGAAUUCACAGAGGGGUUCGGAAUGUUCUUGGGCAUUGAUACGCUACCUCGCAACUGCUGGGAAUCCGAACGUCUGCAGGAGAACGAAGACGAAGACGAAAUGCUCGAAGAGCUCCUGGACCAUCUCGGUGCUCGAAAUCUAUUUACUGAGUAAGGAAUAUUUAAUUAUUAUUAUCUA